AAUCUAUGUAGUCCACGUUCAAAAGGGGAGUUUGAAAGCUGACCCCGUGUUCUUUUGAAAAAUCUCCAAGCUGGCUGCAGAAAUUUUGGGGAUAACUCAUGAGAAACAAAAUGCUUCUGUGGAAUAAAAACUGUCUUUAUUUCAAUGGUUUUCUUUUAAUUUUUUCUUUCUUAAGAAAAAAAAAAUCUACCAUUAACACUUGAGAACUCUCACAGAAUGGCCAAGUCUUUGGAUUGGGCUGAGCAGACUACUAAAGAAAUGGUGACAGCAUUAUGGCAGUUUGGCCUGAGAUGUUAAAGAGACGAUGUAAUGAACACCUAGGGAUUUCUGAAGCACAAUUGUGUGACAGAGGAAGCCCAAGAGUUGGUCGCUCUCACUGAGGGCAGCUACUGAACUCAGAUUUGCUAAAGCAAAUCUCACCCAUCGCCUUCAACCAGCCGGGGGUCACCAGCUGCCGCAGAACCCACAGCAGCCGGCGAGUUCCCACCCACGCGCGCCAACCAAGGCCGAAGCGCCCCCGAGGCGGAGACGCGCGCCCUUGGCGCAUGUGACGGGACUGGGGGAGGCAGUUUUCUUCCUCCCCUCCCCCCUGCUCCAUAACCCGCCUUCUCCAGAGAGGCGCCAGCUUUCUAUUGUGCCACCAACUGAAUGACCUCCGUGCUAGCCAAUCAGGACGUGAUUCCUCAUGUAAGGCCCGCCCCCUGCUGGUCCUCGAGUUCCUUCCCGCUCACACCGGAGUCACUUCCGAAGAGAGAACCGCCAUGAAGAGAGAAGGGGGUGCCGCCCACCUCUGCUCCGACAGUCUCCCCAAGUCCCAGCGACAAGACGGCAACCACGCAACCAACUUCUCCAGCCACAGCUCAUGCCGCCGUCGCCAGCGGCGCCGACAUGACAAGGCGCUGCAUGCCUGCUAGGCCAGGUUUCCCCUCAUCCCCAGCCCCCGGGUCGUCGCCCCCGCGCUGCCAUCUGAGACCCGGUAGUGCCGCCCCUGCUGCAGCGGGAAAGAGAACAGAGAGUCCUGGGGACAGGAAGCCGUCAAUUAUAGAUUUCAUCAAACGAGCUUCAAAACAAGACAGACAUAUGUUGGAUUCUCCACAAAAAUCAAACAUCAAAUAUGGAGGAAGUGGAUUGUCCAUCACUGGGACAGAACAAUUUGAGAGGAAACUGUCCUCACCAAAAAAAUCUAAACCCAAAAGAGUACCAUCGGAAAAAAGCCCUAUUUUAGAAGUUCUCAUGAAAGGUGUUAAAGAGCACCGUAAAGAUCAUGGUGUAUGUGAGUCACGUCAUCCUUGUGUGUCACUAACCUCCAAGUAUUUAUCCAAAGGAACAAAUAUCUGUGUUCCUCCUUCAUAUCACUUGUCAAAGGAGAUGAAGAAACUAAAGAAAAAACAUCGAUCUCCAGAGAGACGGAAGUCACUGUUUAUUCAUGAAAAUAGCAGGGAAAAGAAUGAUAGAGAGCGAGGCAAGACCAACACAGAUUCCAAAAAGCAGGCCACUGUGACAGAAGCUGACAUCUUCAAAAACAACUCCAGGAGUCUUAGCAGCAGAAGCAGCCUGUCCAGGCACCACCCAGGAGAAAGCCCCCUGGGACCUAAGUUCCAGUUGAUACUAGCUUCUUACUGCAAAGAACGAGAACUAAAGAAGUUGAGAAAGGAGCAAAUGGAGCAGAGAAUCAACUCAGAAAAUUCUUUUUCAGAAGCAAGCAAUCUUUCUUUAAAAUCCUCUAGUACAGGAAGAAAAUGUAAACCAGGGCAGGAACAAAGUAAACAGAAUGAUGUCAUACCUGGAAAGAGUAGUCUUUCAAACCUGGAAAAUGGACAUCUCUCAAGAAAAAGAUCAUCUUCUGAUUCAUGGGAAUUUACUUCAGCAGGCUCUAAGCAGAAUAAAUUCCCUGACAAAAGAAAAAGGAAUUCUGUGGAUUCAGAUAUGAAAAGCACAAGAGAAUCUGUGAUACCAAAAGCAAAAGAGUCCUUCCUUGAGAAGCGUCCUGAUGGACCACCUCAGAGAGAAAAAUUUAUAAAACAUAUUGCACUGAAGACACCUGGUGGUGUGUUGCGCUUGGAAGAUAUAGCCAAGGAACCAAAUGAUGAAACUAGUUGCUCCUCUGCAGGCUUGGCACCUUCAAAUUCUGGCCACCAUUCUUCUAGGAAUAGUGACCAAAUCCGUGUGGCAAGUACCAAAGAGACUAAGAUACAGAAACCCCACUUACCUUUACCUCAGGAAAAAUCUACGAUUAAAAAAGCUAGCAACCUUCAGAAAAGUAAAAGUGCUAGCUCUGUGACAUCAAAGGAGACAAAACUUCUACCUUUACUUUCCCAUGUUCCAAGUGCUGGUUCUUCUCGGGUACCAUUAAAUGCUAAAAAUUGCACUCUUCCAGUUCCUAAAAGAGAUAAAGAGUGUUCCUCAUCUAAAGAAUGUUCUGGGCAUUCUGCUGAAUCCUCCAAAUACAAAGAACACAAAGCAAAGACUAAUAAAACUGAUCCUAAUGUGUCUUCAGGGAAAAUUUCUGGGGAAUCUUUGCCUUCAGAAAAUGGCACUCCUACAAAGUCUCCCUCAGCUACUUUGGAAGUUGUGCCAGGUAUCCCAAGCCCUACAACACCUUCAGAUGAAGUCCCUUCAGAUAAAGAGAGUUCAGGAAAUUCCAAUGCAGGUAGCAAUGCACUGAAAAGAAAACUAAGGGGUGAUUUUGAUAGUGAUGAAGAAAGUUUAGGUUACAACCUAGACAGUGAUGAGGAAGAGGAAACAUUAAAAUCACUGGAAGAAAUAAUGGCUUUGAACUUCAAUCAAACUCCUGCAACUACAGGAAAGCCUCCUGCUCUUUCCAAGGGGCUUAGAUCUCAGUCAUCCGACUAUAUAGAAAAUGUUCAUACAGGAACUUACACAAAUACUUUAGAGCGUCUAGUGAAGGAGAUGGAAGACACACAAAGGCUAGAUGAACUGCAGAAGCAACUACAAGAAGAUAUACAGCAGGGCCGAGGCAUUAAAUCCCCAAUCAGAAUUGGAGAUCAAGACAGCACAGAUGAUGAAGAUGGACUCUUGGAAGAGCACAGGGAAUUUCUAAAGAAAUUUUCAAUUACAAUUGAUGCUAUUCCUGAUCAUCAUCCAGGUGAAGAAAUAUUUAAUUUCCUCAAUUCUGGAAAAAUUUUCAAUCAGUAUACGUUGGAUUUAAGAGACUCUGGUUUUAUUGGACAAAGUGCUGUAGAAAAGCUUAUUCUUAAAUCAGGAAAAACAGAUCAGAUUUUUUUGACAACACAAGGUUUCCUUACCUCUGCUUAUCACUAUGUUCAGUGUCCUGUACCUGUGUUAAAGUGGCUAUUCCGGAUGAUGUCUGUUCAUACAGACUGUAUUGUGUCAGUGCAAAUUUUAAGCACAUUAAUGGAAAUAACAAUUAAAAAUGAUACCUUCAGUGACUCACCAAUUUGGCCCUGGAUCCCAUCAUUGUCUGAUAUAGCAGCUGUGUUUUUCAACAUGGGGAUUGAUUUUAGAUCUUUAUUUCCUCUGGAAAAUCUUCAGCCAGACUUUAAUGAAGAUGAUCUAGUUUCUGAAACACAGACAACAUUGGGAGAAAAAGGAGGUGAAAAUUCAUCUUGUAAGCCAAUUUUUUCAACUCUUCCUGAAACCAACAUUUUAAAUGUGGUCAAGUUUCUAGGCUUGUGCACAUCUAUACAUCCGGAAGGUUACCAGGAUCGUGAAAUAAUGUUGCUGAUUUUAAUGUUGUUUAAAAUGAGUUUGGAAAAACAGCUGAAACAGAUUCCUCUAGUAGACUUUCAAAGCCUCCUGAUAAACCUGAUGAAAAACAUCAGAGAUUGGAACACAAAGGUGCCUGAACUCUGUCUGGGCAUAAAUGAACUCUCUAAUCAUCCCCACAACCUUUUGUGGUUAGUACAGCUGGUACCUAACUGGACAUCUCGUGGAAGGCAACUGAGACAGCGCCUCAGUCUAGUGAUUAUUUCAAAGCUUUUGGAUGAGAAACAUGAAGAUGUCCCCAAUGCCAAUAAUCUGCAGAUAUCAGUCCUACAUCAUUAUCUUGUGCAAAUGAAGCCUUCUGAUUUGUUAAAGAAAAUGGUCUUGAAGAAAAGGGCUGAACAGCCAAAUGGCACUAUUGAUGACAAUCUUCAUUUAGAACUUGAAAAGCAGGCUUAUUAUCUGACCUACAUUCUUCUUCAUUUAGUCGGUGAAGUUAGUUGUUCUCAUUCUUUUUCUUCUGGACAACGGAAACACUUUGUGCUACUCUGUGGGGCUUUGGAGAAGCAUGUUAAAUGUGAUAUUAGGGAAGAUGCAAGACUUUUUUACAGAACUAAGGUGAAAGACUUGGUUGCCAGGAUACAUGGGAAAUGGCAGGAAAUAAUCCAGAACUGCCGGCCUACUCAGAAUUUUUUUGCUUUGGCCAGGGCCAGGUUUGAAUCUGCCACCUCCAGCCAGUGCCCUACUCCUUUGAGCCACAGGGGCAGCUUCAUGACUUCUGGGUACCAGAUUCUUAACAGGAGUUGCAGCAGCAAAAAUGUGAACCAAGAGAAAUUCAAUAAGAUGCUUUCUUAGAGAGACAGAGAGAAUUAUUACAGCAAAUGUGCCACUUGAUUAGUUUGGUGCUGGUAAUGAAGAAAUUAUCAUUUCUGAAGCAGAUAUGAAACCUUUUUUAAAAGAGCAGAGUUUUAUAAAAAGAGGAAGGGAUAAAAGCAGCUAAUAGUUAAAUGUCUAACCUGUCCCUAAUUAACUCCUCUUUUUACAUUGUAAGCCAGUUUUCUUUCUUCAGAUAGUAUUUGUGGCACUGAGUAAUCAGAGGAAAUAAUGCUAGAAAAGAGUUUGGACUGACUGAGGAGUUGGAUGUGGAAACCAAGACCAAGUUCCAAUUUGGUUUAAUUUUCCUUCCUGGUUAUUUUAGUAUGCAAAGGGAAAGCUUAGAAUUGAAUUAGGAAUAAAAGGCUUAAAUCUCUUCUAUAACUCCUAUAAACCAUGGUGAUAUUUCAGUCUUUAUUUUCCGUGACUAUUCAAGAUUAUAAAUCUGUUAGGUUUUUAAAAUACAUUUAAACAGCAGUUGAGAAACAGAAGUUUAAUAUAUUAUCAGAUCCCCUCAAGGGGAGGAAGUUAAGCUGUAAAGUAGUAGCUUAGUUCUUAUGCCAAAACAGUCAUAUGCAGUUUGUUUUAUAUUUCUUUUAAGUGCAUAUAUUUUUUUAAAUACUGGUUAAAUCUUAGAAUCUUGACUAAAUUUUAGGAUUCUGACUAUAGACCAUGUUACAGAAAUCUAUAUUGUAAAAACCUGAAGAUCUGGACAAGUUUCCAAAACCUUGUUUUCAUGAGUAUAUAACUUUGGCAGAGUCCUAGAUGAUGUUUAUUUUUUGGAACACUCUCUGUGUGUGCACACAUGUGCUUAUACCUUGAAGUUGUUGCACUUGAAAACCACAGCUGCUCUAAAUUCUUAAACACUGGAAAGCCAUCCUUUGGUUUAAAUGGUGGAGAGUUAGGUGAAGUACUCAUACUGGUUUUAGCCCCAGGGUCCUUUGAAGGCUUUGGUAAUAACAUAUUCUCCCUAGCCAACUGAAACAUUAUUUUGUUGACUGAGUGUCCCUUUUAGGAGGAUUUGUUUCCUGAAAGAGAAUGCCAACUUUUUUUGUUGGCUUGCGACCUGUUCUGAGCACUAGGGUCUCCAGUUGUGCAGAAGAAAGAUGACAGAAAGGGGAGGAGUUGAUGUUCAUGGUUUGAGAGGGGAGAAAAUAAAUUUUGAAAAGUUAACUUUCUACCUCUCAUUUGAGGCUUAGGAGUAAAAAACAUUUUAUCUUAAAUUUACCAUUUAAAAUAGUAUCAGUAACUUUUGAGCUCAUGUCAAGCAUUGGGCAGUUAGAGAUUUUUAAGGAAGACUAAAUAUGUCCAGUUUCCAAGAACCUAACGCUGACUGAGGCUCUAACAGUCAGACCAACAAAGUUUUAUUCUGUGUUGAGUUUACUGGUAAGAAUAUUAUCUUGAUACUACCUCUCCAGGGUAUUGUUACAAAAUGCCACUUAUGGUUAAAGAGAUAGAUAAAAAGAGUUAUAUUUGACAGAAGCUUGAAACUCUGGCAUCUAUCUGCCCAACAAUGGGGGCUUUCACUCUGUAAUUUAAUAAUUUGUAGAUACAUUAUUUGUGUGUAAUUUUAUAAGUGUUCAUAUUUUUCUCAUUUUGCAUUGUGUAAAGUGUACAAAAUCUCAGAAGUAUAAAAUACUGCUUAUAUUGCUUGUAAUU